GGCCCACUUAACUCCAAGCCUUUUUACUUUUGUUUUUCACCUCUGCGUCUAUCAAUUUUUGAAUUUACAAUUUGUUUUCCUCCUCUCUUCGACCCCUCGACUUCUCCUUCAACUUCUUGCUUUGACACCGAAACCCUAAUUAGGAAUUUCAAUCUCCACCUUCCCUUCUGCUUUAGGAACUUCUGCUUCAUUGACAAGGAUAAAAGUGGGAUCACUACCUGCCACCACUAUAUGUAACAGGAAAGCUUCUCCUGCAUAUAACAAGUCUAGCAGAGCAGGAAUGGAUUUAACGUCUUCUGUUUUGAUUAAGAUUCGUGCAAACUGUACCUGCUCCCACAAUCUGUUACUAAGUCAAAUCGCUUAAAUCUACCACUGGCAUUUCCCACUUCCUUGAAUGUUUGAGUGCUCCAGGCAUGCAAAAGUACCCCAUAAACAUCUAUCCACACAAAGCUUUUGCUUUCUGAAUGUUUUAGCUAAUCAUAUCCAUGAACUUGAAUUAGGUAACCGUUGGGUGUAGGUUGUAGGAAGUGAUUAGUUGAUCUAGCCAGUUCAAUUUAGUUGGCAGUGUAUAAGAUGACCCAGUCGGCAUGACAAAUCCAUUUUAGUCUUCAAAUUUUCUGUUGUUAGAAAAAUGGGUUCUGGUGUUGAGCAAAAAAUGGAGAAUGGAGAAGAACUUGCAAGCCUUCUUGAUGUUCUUCCUCGUGUUGAAUUCUGCUGUGUUUAUGGCUCAUCUCUUCUUACUAAUAGUCAUGACAAGAAAACCAUGGUAGACUAUAUUCUUGGUGUUUCAGAUCCAAUGCAAUGGCAUUCUGAGAAUCUGGAAAUGAACAAGGACCACUAUGCGUCAUGGAUGGUGCACCUUGGUGGUUCAAAACUGAUUACUGAAGUUGCUGAUGAAAUUGGUGUAGGAGUACACUUCAACCCGUUUGUGAGUUGGAAUGACAGGAUGAUCAAAUAUGGGGUUGUCAGAAUGCAUGAUUUGGUUCAGGAUAUAUUGAAUUGGGAGAGGUUUUAUUUCAGUGGUCGUCUGCAAAAACCUGUUCAUAUAUUAGUGGACAAUCUGGACAUACGAAAUGUAAACUCAGUUAACUUGAAGGCUGCAAUGUCUGCUGCACUCCUUCUUUUGCCACCCAAGUUUACUGAGGUUGAGCUGUAUGCUAGAAUAUGUAGCCUCUCAUACAUGGGUGACUUGCGCAUGCUAUUUGCAGAAGACAGAAACAAGGUACAAAAGAUUGUCAAGGGGCAGUUCAAUUUAUUCCAUUCCAUGUAUAAGCCAUUUUUAGAUGACUAUGCUGCUAAAGAUUUGCUUAGAUUCUCCUCUUGGAGUGAUAACCACGGAAUCAUAAUUCAGACAGGGACGUGUAUCUACCAUAUCAUAGCGUACUACAGGUCACCUUUGAGAAUAAUGAUUCGGAUGGUACUUCUACCAUAUCAUAGCCUACUCAAGGAUUAUGGUUUAUCUGCAGCUGGCUCUUUUGUUUCCUCCCUGCCUCAAACAGUCAGAACCCGAAUGGGGAUGAAAUUAGGAGAGAAGAGGAAACUGGCUGAAUCUGGUCGAACUAUAAAUGAAGUUGUUAUCAACUCAAGAGAAGAGGCUGCAGAGUGCAUGCGAAAGGUUGUCAGGCGUAUAGUUAUGGUUUCAAGUGCAAGGCAGGCUAUUGCUGGACUACUGGCUGCUGGUGGUGUCAAUGCCGUUCGAUAUCUUGCAAGGAAGAUGGUUAAGGAUUGGUCAUCAUUCUCUCAAGACACUUCAGUUACUUGUUCUGUCAUUGCUUCUUUUUUUUUCAUUGGAAUGUGAGUCGUGUCAGUAUGGGAAACACCAUAAGGUUUUCUUCAGUCCUAAAGUCGAUAGUCAUAGUUUGAGUCCUUUUGCUUUAGUCCAUUAUGAUAUUUUGGGCCCAAACAGAGUUGUGGUGUACAAUGGUUAUAAAUACUUUGUAAUUUUUGUUGAUGAUUAUUCAAGGAUGACAUGGUUUUAUUUUA